AUGGGUUACGACGAUACACUUGCGCGGAGCAAGUCUGCGCCGACGUCAUCUGAAGCUACAACAGCACCAGUGUCUCCGGACCUGCUAGCUGUCGACUCGGAAGGACUCGCAGAGCCUACAGAUGGCUCUAGCUCGCCCACAUCAACGCCGGGGAAACUAUCGAGAAGCCCGUCCUUCUCGAAUAGUAGCUCCUACCAGGAAGACUGGGAGACGUUCCCACCACUCGACAAACUGACCUUGUUUGAUAUGUUCGACUCCUUUUCUCUCUCCCAGAAGAUUGAAAAAUGGCAGCAGACAAUCAACAUACAACGGGAGCGGGUGCGGAAGCAGCGCCAGAAGCUGAAAUCUGUUUCUGAUCUCGCCAAGGAUCGCGUCGUGGGCCAGUUGAAGAAAAGAAUCCCUACGGCUGAUGAGCAGCUCGAAAAAUACCGACGUCGAAUGCGUGAUUCUGUGGACAGACUGAAUAAACAAUGGAACAAGACCCUGACAGUGACUCUUCAAGAAAAGAUAUCGUUCAUUGCUGGUGUGAUGAAUAUUUUCGUCAGCGGUUACAUUAUCGGAGCUCAUCCGGAAUACUUUUAUUGGUGGUACACGGCUCAACUUGUCUAUUUCAUGCCUAUUCGCCUCUACACAUACCAUAAGCGCAACUAUCACUACUUCUUGGCAGACCUGUGCUAUUUCGUGAAUCUCUUGUCGAUGUUGAGUAUUUGGAUCUUCCCACAAUCGAAGCGGCUUUUGAUCGGAACAUUUUGUCUGUCUUAUGGGAAUAAUGCCGUCGCUAUUGCCAUGUGGCGCAAUUCGUUGGUCUUCCAUAGCCAUGACAAGGUAGUCAGUGUGUUUAUCCAUAUCAUGCCUCCCGUCGCCUUCCACUGUAUUGCACAUAUGACUCCGGUUCAGAUGCUCAAAGAUAGAUUCCCAGCUGUCUAUGAUGUGAAGUACAGCGAAAAAGGCGCACCCGAGCAUUUCACACUUCUGGCGAUGAUGUUUUGGGCCUCUCUCUCAUACGCUGUCUGGCAGCUAUCUUAUUAUCGAUUCAUAACGGUUCGCCGUAGAGAAAAGAUUGCCGCUGGUCGAUUAACUAGCUUCACCUGGCUCCGUAGAUCGUACGCCAAGACCUUUAUUGGCAAAUUUGUCUUGAGCCUUCCUGAUGUUCUUCAGGAGCCUGCAUUUAUGGUGAUCCAGUAUCUCUACGCACUGUUGACUAUGGUUCCCUGCCCAUUGUGGUUUUGGUACCGAUGGCCCAGUGCUGCCUUCAUAACAGUCAUGUUCAUGUGGAGCAUUCACAAUGGUGCAACUUAUUACAUCGACGUUUUCGGAAACCGAUUCCAGAAGGAACUAGAAGAAUUGAAACGAGACGUUGCUAAAUGGCAAUCUUCUCCUGACUUCACAACCAGUCCAGCUCUCACUCCUGGCCUUAGUGAGCAAGGUUCGCGCGCACUUGGCGAUUUGAUGACUACAACAGCAGACGAAACUGACAAAGCGAGCCUUGAACGCAUUCCUACUCUUGACGCGCUGUCUAACUCUUCUGGUGCCGAACCCCACGUCCCUGAUGUGGCUUCUGAAUUGCGGGACCGAACAACCUAG